CAGAGCGUCUUCACCGCCGCCGCCGUUCCGCCACGACCUUCGCCGCUCGCCGGCGACCAUGAGAGGCUUCCCUCCUCCCAAUCUCCGGCCCUCUCCUUCUAAAAAGCAGCCCCCUGUAGAUGAGCUUCUCCUGAAACGGAGGAAACCAAGCAGACCGGAUCUCGUCGGCAGCGCCAACCCACAAUCGGCCCCUCUCCGCCGCGCCUCUUCGGGUAAGCCCCGUUCUCCAGCUUCAAAAUCCGAUUUUCUUCAUGGUUUCGAUGGAUCCAAGAGCUGGCCGGCUUCAAAAUCGCGCCUUUCCGCCGAAAUCCAUCAAAAAACCGCGAAAUCCCUCGACCCAGUUCGUUUCUCAGAGAUUCUCUCGAGAAAAGAUUGGUUUUCGAUGCUAAAUACUGAGUUCAAAUCGGUUGUGGCAUAUCUUUAUCCCCGUUCAGCGGUGAGCUUGAUACAAAAUCUGGAAAACCCUCUAUUCUCGCUCAAAUUUUACAUCUGGCUUUCUAAUUUCAACGAACAAUUAGCAAAAGAUCAAUCCGUUCGCAGGGUUUUGGCUGAAGCUCUAUGGAGGAGAGGUCCAGUGGUGCUGUCUGUGGACUUAUUGAAGGAGAUUAAGAGCUCCGGUUGUCGAAUUACGGAGGACAUGCUGUGCAUUUUGAUAUCUAGUUGGGGCCGAUUAGGUCUUGCGAAGUAUGUGAAUGAAGUCUUUGGGCAGGUGUCAUUCUUGGGAUUUAGGCCGAGCACCCUGGUCUACAACUCGGUGAUCGAUGCAUUGGUUAAAGCUAAUUCACUUGAUUUGGCCUAUUUUAAGUUCCAGCAGAUGCCAUCUGACAACUGCUCGCCGGAUUGUUUCACUUACAAUAGUCUCAUCCAUGGAGUAUGCAAGCUGGGUAUUGUUGAAGAAGCUCUUCGGUUGGUGAGGCAGAUGGAGAGUUCAGGAUACCCACCUAAUGUCUUCACCUACACUAUAUUGGUGGAUGGAUUUUGCAAUGCAAAGAAGGUGGAGGAGGCAUUUCGGGUCUUAGAGACGAUGAAGAAGAGAAAUGUGGCUCCUAAUGAAGCCACUUUCCGGUCAUUGAUUCAUGGCGCAUUUCGGUGCUUGGAACCACACAAGGCGUAUGAAAUGUUAUGUGGGCAUUUAGAGCGAGAACCAGUUCUACAGGAGCAUGCAUGUAGCACUAUUUUGUAUUGCCUUUCCAAGUGUAGUAUGGCAAGAGAGGCUAGAGGGUUUAUGAGUAGGGUGGGCCAAAGGGGUUAUUUUCCGGAUGCUGCAACAUUUAAUGUAGUGAUGGCUUGUAUGGUGAAGGGUCUGGGAUUGAGUGAUGUCUGUGAGAUGUUGGACCAUUACAGAAAAGGAGGCGGCAAACCUGGAUUUAGUACAUAUCUUAUGGUUAUCAAUUCUUUGUUAAAGGAGGGAUGGGUUGUGGAGGCAAAUCUGUAUUUGAAACACAUGGUCUUGGAUGGACUUGUAUCUAGUGUAGUAUCGUAUAACAUGCUGAUCGAUUGCUUUGUCAAAGCUGAGAUGAUGGAUAAGGCAAUGGAGAUUUUUGAAGAAAUGCAUGGGAAGGGUUUUCGUCCGAACCUCAUUACAUUCAAUACUCUUAUCAGUGGCCAUUCUAGGGUUGGGGAUGCAAGUAUGGCAAGAGAUGUUCUAAAGAUGCUUCUGGAGCAUGGUUUUAAGCCAGAUGUUGUUACAUUCAGCUCUAUAAUUGAUGGGCUUUGCCGGGUCCACCAGAUGGAUGAUGCUUUUGAUUGUUUCAAUGAGAUGAUAGAAUGGGGUGUUUCUCCAAAUGCUGUCACAUACAACAUACUAAUCCGUUCUCUUUGUGCAGUUGGGGAUGUCCGCAGAUCAAUGAAACUUUUCAGAAGGAUGAAAGAAGAAGGCAUUGAUCCAGAUGUCUUUUCUUUUAAUCCCCUAAUUGUAAGCUUUUGUAAGAUGAAAAAGAUUGAGAAGGCACAGAACCUUUUUGAUGCUAUGUUGAGAUUUGGUGUGGCCCCAGACAGUUAUACAUAUAAUGCUUUUAUCAAAUCUUUAUGUGAUGCAAGGAAAAUUGAAGAGGCCAAAGAAACUGUACUCAUCAUGGAGUUAAAUGGCUGCACUCCAAAUUCUUAUUCAUAUGGCUCAAUUGUUCAUGCCCUUACUUCUUCGGGCAACUUAGAAGAGGCUCGAGAGUUAAUUAGCAAAUGCGAAAGGAAGGGAAUUCAUAUAAAUCCCCUUCCUAAUCUGAAGAUAGAAUCUGAAAUCACUGACAGAGUUGUCAACAGCUGAUUCAAAUUAUUUCAUGGUUGAAACUAAUUCUUCAACAGACAUAGAUUACAGCUUCUUUAUUAAAGGUUGUUUUACCAAAGGCAUAUCAGUUAUGCCAUCAAAUCAUCUCAACCCUACUAAAGGGUGAAGCAGGGGCUCCAUUCAACAAUCUCAGCCCACUGUGACUUGGCUUCUGGAUAAUUACUUUUGUGUAUUCAUACAUGAUAUCUUGCCAUGUUACUUUUGCAUGAUAUGCCUGCGCUACCACAAGAUGAUUGGUAUUUGUCUAUGAAAUGAAGCCAAUGUUUCUGACUGCAGCCUCAGCUCUUCAAACAUACAGGAGAAGAACUAGGAAAAAGACACGGAGAAAAAAAGGAUUUGGAUGGGAAUGAUGAAAAUUGAUUCAUUGUUCUCACUUUGAAGGGGAAUAUGACCUGAACAAUAAAUGCCAAUGCAUUCACAAUUUUGUCUACAAACAGCUAGGAUUGGUCAAGAGUUGGAAAAAUUGCUGAUCUACAAAGAAUUCACUCCACUGCAAAAAAUUGCCGUGCUUUGAUUUUUUUUUUCUUCUUUUUCCUCCUUUAUGUCAACUUUGUGAUGUAAUUUUUUUGACAAUAAACCUUGUGGCUCAUUCUUUUAUUAAAGACUAAUGUAAGAUGGAACAAAAUUUGAUCUCUUUGUCAAGAAAAGAAGUUGAUCUAGCAAUCACAUUUGACAA